AUGCCACGUAAAGCUACCAAAAGUACUGGUGCGCCGGCUUCCAGGAGUUCCUCCAAACGUCCCGCACCGGAGGUUCCAGCAAGGCAGUCUAAAAGAGCACGGGCUACGAUUCGGAAAUCGUACGUCGAGCCUGAAAGCGACACGGAUAAUGAGGAUAGACCAAAGAAAGUUCAACUAUUCAACGGCGACUAUGACGAUGAUGAAGGGGUGGCCUCCGACUACGAGGAGCACAGCGACAAGGAUCCAUCGUCGGAAUCUGAGCCCGAUGAAACUGCCACUGACGAUGACGUCGAGAGCAAGCGGCCAACUCCGAGAGGGCGCACCACCAAGAACCUCCCUAUACACAAGAAGGCCGCCGAUGAGAAAGAGCUUUGGAGACCGGGAGCGAAACUGGCACCAGGAACGCAGCUGGUCAUCAAGAAGCCAAAGGCCCGAGAUGCAGGCGACACGCCAUAUUUGGAUCACACAAUCCACCCAAACACAAUGUUGUUCCUCAAGGACUUAGCAGCUAAUAACGACCGUCAAUGGUUGAAGCUCCAUGACCCUGAUUUUAGAGUUUCAUUUCAAGAUUUCACAACAUUCGCCGAGAAGGUAUCAGAUAAGAUUAUUGAAGCAGACGAGACCAUUCCCGAACUACCGGUCAAAGACGUGAUCUACCGUAUCUACAGAGGUGAGCUUGGAGCUUGA